CGGCUCGCCGACUCUGGGCUCCUCCUCCCGGCUCCGUCCGUAGUAAGCAUGGCGGCGGCGGCGUUCGUGGUCCCUCGGGUGAAACAGAAAGCGGGAGCUACGCGGAGAGGGAGCGAAGAGCGAGGCUGAGGCGGCGCCGUCACUGCCGGGAAACAACCCCAACAGUCAGCGCGCCGGCGGCCGCGGCGGCCCUGAGAGCUGGCUCUGCCUCUGAGGUAGCCAGCGCUCGAUCAGGAACCCGAGGAAGAGGCGUCAGGGGAGCCGCCUUCCUCUGCCUCAGAGCAGCGGCGUGACUAGGAGAAUUGGAAAGUGAUCCAGUAUAUUGAUGUCUCGUUGAUAAUGGCAGAACAUCCACCACUUCUGGAUACAACUCAGAUUUUAAGUAGUGAUAUUUCUCUUCUGUCUGCCCCGAUUGUAAGUGCAGAUGGAACACAGCAGGUUAUACUGGUUCAAGUUAAUCCGGGAGAAGCUUUUACAAUUCGAAGAGAAGAUGGACAAUACCAGUGCAUUACAGGUCCAGCUCAGGUUCCAAUGAUGUCCCCAAAUGGUUCUGUGCCUCCUAUUUAUGUGCCUCCUGGAUAUGCCCCACAGGUUAUUGAAGACAAUGGUGUUCGGCGAGUUGUUGUGGUUCCUCAGGCCCCAGAGUUUCACCCUGGGGGUCACACAGUCAUCCACCGCACUCCACACCCUCCUCUUCCCGGUUUCAUUCCUGUCCCAACCAUGAUGCCCCCUCCACCACGCCACAUGUACUCCCCAGUCACCGGAGCUGGAGACAUGGCGACACAAUAUAUACCACAGUAUCAGUCUUCACAAGUGUAUGGAGAUGUAGAUGCUCAUUCUGCACAUGGAAGAUCCAAUUUUAGAGAUGAAAGAUCUAGUAAAACAUAUGAACGUUUGCAGAAGAAAUUAAAGGAUCGCCAAGGAACACAGAAAGAUAAAAUGAACAGCCCACCAUCAUCACCCCAAAAAUGCCCUUCUCCCACAAAUGAACAUAAUGGACUAAUAAAAGGACACAGUGCUAGUAGCACAAACACAGGCUCAGCGAAAAACAAGUCAGGGAAAGGAAGAAGUGCAGUCGAUGCAGAAAUAGAAGAAAAGGAUGAAGAAACUAAAGCAUUUGAAGCACUUCUUUCCAACAUUGACAAACCAGCUGCCUCAGACAUCCAGGCAAGGUCAAUAGUACUUACCUGGUCAGCACCUUCCAGCAUGGCUAAUGGCGAAACAGAUGAAACUUCUGUACCAGAGCUCUAUGGUUAUGAAAUCCUGCUGUCUAGUUCUGGCAAAGAUGGGAAAUACAAAAGUGUAUAUGUAGGAGAAGAAACAAGUGUCACUCUAAAUGAUCUCAAACCAGCCACAGAUUACCAUGCAAAAGUACAAGCAGAAUACAGUUCUAUGAAGGGAACUCCUUCAGAAGCUGAAAGCUUUACCACCUUGAGCUGUGAACCUGACAUCCCUAAUCCACCACGAAUAGCCAACCGGACCAAAAACUCACUCACUUUGCAAUGGAAGGCACCUAGUGACAAUGGUUCUAAAAUCCAGAGCUUUCUUUUAGAAUGGGAUGAGGGAAAAGGAAAUGGAGAAUUUUGUCAGUGUUACAUGGGUGCACAGAAGCAAUUUAAAGUUACUAAACUGUCACCAGCAACGGGCUAUAAAUUCAGACUAUCAGCCAAAAAUGAUUAUGGUACAAGUGGCUUUAGUGAAGAAGUGUUAUAUUACACCUCAGGCUGUGCCCCUUCCAUGCCAGCAAGUCCUGUGUUAACUAAAGCUGGAGUCACCUGGUUAUCCUUACAGUGGAGCAAGCCCUCUGGAACACCAUCAGAUGAAGGAAUUUCUUAUAUUUUAGAGAUGGAGGAAGAAACUUCAGGGUAUGGUUUUAAGCCUAAAUAUGAUGGAGAAGAUCUUGCCUACACAGUGAAAAAUCUCAGACGAAGUACCAAGUAUAAGUUUAAGGUGAUUGCUUACAACUCCGAAGGUAAAAGCAAUCCAAGUGAAAUAGUGGAAUUUACUACCUGCCCUGACAAGCCAGGAGUACCUGUUAAACCUUCAGUUAAAGGAAAGAUACAUUCACACAGUUUUAAAAUAACUUGGGAUCCACCAAAAGACAAUGGAGGGGCAGCCAUCAAUAAGUACGUUGUGGAGAUGUCAGAAGGCCCUAACGGAAACAAAUGGGAUAUGAUAUACAGUGGCGCCACUAGGGAGCAUCUUUGUGACCGACUGAAUCCAGGCUGUUUCUAUCGUUUACGAGUUUACUGCAUCAGUGAUGGAGGACAGAGUGCGGUCUCUGAGUGUUUACUGGUGCAGACUCCGGCUGUGCCUCCAGGCCCCUGCCUCCCUCCCAGAUUACAGGGUAGACCGAAAGCAAAAGAAAUACAGUUACGAUGGGGACUCCCGCUGGUUGAUGGUGGAUCACCCAUUUCCUGUUAUAGUUUGGAAAUGUCGCCUGUAGAAAAAGAUGAAUCCAGGGAAGUUUACCAGGGUUCUGAAUUGGAAUGUACAGUGAGCAGCCUUCUUCCUGGAAAGACAUACAGCUUCCGACUGCGUGCAGCUAACAAAAUGGGGUUUGGACCAUUUUCAGAAAAAUGUGAUAUUACUACAGCCCCUGGGCCACCAGAUCAGUGCAAACCUCCUCACGUAACAUGCAGAUCUGCAACGUGUGCACAAGUUAACUGGGAGGUUCCUUUGAGUAAUGGAACUGAUGUCACUGAAUAUCGACUGGAAUGGGGAGGAGUUGAAGGAAGUAUGCAGAUAUGUUACUGUGGGCCUAGCCUCAGUUAUGAAUUAAAAGGACUCCUACCAGCAACUACCUAUUACUGCAGAGUCCAGGCUCUGAGUGCUGUGGGCGCAGGUCCUUUCAGUGAAGUAGUAGCCUGCGUAACUCCACCAUCGGUUCCUGCCAUUGUGACUUGUCUUCAGGAAAUAAGUGAUGAUGAUAUCGAAGAUCCCCAUUACUCUCCUUCUACAUGCCUUGGGAUAAGCUGGGAAAAGCCUUGUGACCAUGGUUCAGAAAUCCUUGCCUACAGCAUAGACUUCGGAGAUAAACAGCCCUUGACUGUGGGGAAGGUUACAAGCUAUAUUAUAGACAAUUUACAACCAGAUACAACGUACAGAAUACGAAUUCAAGCCUUGAAUAGCCUUGGAGCUGGUCCUUUCAGCCACAUGAUAAAGUUAAAAACUAAGCCCCUCCCUCCUGACCCACCUCGUCUGGAAUGUGUUGCCUUUAACCACCAGAACCUUAAGCUGAAAUGGGGAGAAGGAGCCCCAAAGACCGUGUCAACAGAUUCUGUCCAGUAUCACCUUCAGAUGGAGGAUAAGAAUGGAAGGUUUGUGUCCUUGUACAGAGGACCGUGUCAUACAUACAAAGUACAAAGACUGAAUGAGUCAACAUCAUACAAAUUCUGUAUCCAAGCGUGCAAUGAAGCCGGGGAAGGGCCCCUCUCGCAAGAAUAUAUUUUCACUACUCCAAAAUCUGUCCCAGCUGCCCUGAAAGCCCCCAAAAUAGAGAAAAUAAAUGAUCACGUUUGUGAGAUUACAUGGGAGUGUUUACAGCCAAUGAAAGGUGAUCCAGUUAUUUAUAGUCUUCAAGUUAUGAUGGGAAAAGAUUCAGAAUUCAAACAGAUUUACAAAGGCCCCGAGUCAUCUUUCCGGUAUGCCAGCCUCCAGCUCAACUGUGAAUAUCGCUUCCGCGUGUGCGCCAUUCGCCAGUGCCAAGACCCUGCAGGGCACCAGGAUCUUGUCGGCCCCUACAGUACCACCGUGCUCUUCAUAUCUCAGAGGACUGAACCACCUGCCAGCACCCCCAGGGACUCUGUGGAGAGUACCAGGAGCCGGCGGGCGCUCAGCGACGAGCAGUGUGCCGCGGUCAUCCUGGUGCUGUUCGCAAUCUUUUCCAUCCUAAUUGCCUUUAUCAUUCAGUACUUUGUAAUCAAGUGAAAAUAUAACUUUAUUUUUUAA